AUGAUACACCCAACAAAUGCCAUAAUAAUACCCCCGCCCCGCUGUCCGACCCAGCGCAGAGGCGGCCUUAAAAGACCGGGCAGCACGUGGUUGGAUAAAAGCUGCGGCGGUGUUGUUGUUGAGUCAGAUAUCCCCGUAAUUACUGUGAACGCCGAUGGCGAAAUCGAGGCCACAUGGGUAAGGAUCAUCCUCAUCAUCACCAUCACAACCAUGUUUGAAUGUAGGUGCUGA